AUGCCUGCUGUCCGCCAAUGUGUCCGCCGUUCUGCAAGGCUUCAAGCAAAUGGUCGUACUCGCCCAAAGGCGAUGGAGUUGCCCCCAAAUCCAUCUACAUCCUGUGGAAGAGGGAAAUCUCGAGGAUGUGGGUCCAAUCCCACUCGUAAUCAGCCUCCUAAGGCUGCCGGACCAAAGAUAAUCGUCCAUUGGACUAGGGCCCAAGAUCUCCACCGCACAGACACUCUCGUGACCCACCUUACCACUAAUCCUUCCGACGCAUGCACUCUUUUCUACAAGGGGAAAAAGACUGCCAGUUCUAGCACUGAGGAGCAUCCCUCUGGCAGGGACAAAGGGGACAUUCAUCGAAUUUUGUCAAAGCUGAUCUUCGAGAAGGACUCCGAAUAUUCAGCAUUAUAUGCUGAGGACCCGAAAAAAUUGACUCUUAGGAAGUUGUUUAGGGAUUGCCACAAUAAGUUCAACAAGACUGGUGCUGGCAUCACCCCGCUUGACGAACAUGUGGCCGUCAAUCUUCACAAACAAGUAUUACUUGAAUUCCCUUGGUAUGACCAGCUCCACCCAUUCCUCUUCUCCAAUCCAACAAUCAGCGUGAAGAUUUUCACCUCCCGGCUGGGAGUCGACCAUGCCACAGAUUACUACUCACUCAUUCGUCCACAUGGGGGGGCUGGUCCCUCCACGAAUCUACCUGGUCCUCAGCUCCCUCAACCAGACCCUCAGCUCCCUCAGCUCCAUCCUAAAAACCCUCAGCCCCCUCCCCCAGACCCCCAGCUGCUUCCCCCAGACCCUCAGCUCCCUCUCUGGAGCCCACCUGACACUAGCGCUCAGAGCACUCCUCCAAGCAUUCAGCCCAGUCCCAUGGGCGCUCAGCAUACCCCUCCAAGUACUCUGCAUCCCCCCCCUUCACAGCAUCCCCCUCCUCAUUUUCCUGGCACUGAGGGCAGUCCAAUCGACGAUCCAGAUGGGGACCUCAACAACGACCCCCAUGCCGACGACAACGAUCCUUUUUUUGCCCCCCUUGGCAACACGCUGGAAGCCCCAGACGCCAACAUACCACAGUCGCGAGGUGUUUGGCUCUGCCUCCCCUGGUGGCCAGGUGCCAUGUAA